AUGAUCAUCCCGGCGGCAUCCUGGCUGACUCGGCUGGUGAUCGAUUCCUGCCAUCGACGAACACUGCACGGGGGUGUGCAGCUGACACUCGGCCUGCUCCGCCUGCGCUUCUGGGUGCCUCGAGGAAGAACCGCCGUCAAGCAGCAGCUACAUCGAUGCGUUACCUGCACUCGAUGGCGUGCUGCCACGCCACAGCCUCAGAUGGGUAACCUUCCUCGGGACCGAGUAACGCCAACCCGACCGUUCCUCAGCACCGGCGUGGAUUACGCAGGACCCAUCCUCCUUCGGACCAGCAAGGGACGUGGACACCGUGCGCAUAAAGGGUACAUCGCAGUCUUCAUCUGUUUCUGGUCGAAGGCCACUCACUUGGAGGUCGUCUCCGACUACACCUCCGAGGCUUUCAUCGCCGCUCUGCACCGCUUCGUCUCCCGCAGGGGCCUCUGUGCUGAGAUCUACAGCGACUGCGCGACAGCCGAAGGUCAUCGUAUCGUCCUUGCCGCCACCGCUCAAGGAAUCCGCUGGCACUUCAACCCGCCAGCGGCCCCGCACUUUGGUGGUCUUUGGGAGGCUGCAGUGAAGUCGACCAAGUUCCACCUCCGUCGGGUGAUCGGCGAGACCACCCUCACGUUCGAGGAGCUGAGCACACUCCUCGCCCAGAUCGAAGCUUGUCUUAAUUCUCGUCCAUUGCAGGCACUCUCAGAUGACCCAGAGGACGUCUCUGCGUUGACCCCCGGUCACUUCCUCGUCGGGGCGCCGCUACUUGCUGUGCCGGAACCGUCAUUGACAGGGCAGACGGUACCCACCUUGUCACGCUGGCGUCAUUUGCAGCAGAUGAGGGAUCACUUCUGGCAGCGAUGGUCAUCCGAAUAUUUGCACGGACUAGCCUCACGCACCAAAUGGCUCAAGGGAGAAGCUGCACCCCACGUCGGAACCUCGCCGAAUUACAGUCCCCGAUGUGACUCCAUGUUCUCCCCGAACUGCUGUUCCAGGUACAACGAACUGCACACCAUCUUGGGUCCAAUCGACUUCAUUGAUUCCAGGAAUUUUCCUCAAAGUCCCAAAAAUUCUUCAGGCAAGAGAGGGGUAACAUUCCGUGGACCCAACGCCCUUUUAAAGGACUUCUCAAGCCUCUGCCUCGGCAUUUGCCCAAAGCCCCCGGGAAAAAACCACGGAUCAAAAUAA